AUGGCGUUUUUCGCGCCAGCACCGCCGCGGCUCGCGCUCCGCAAAAUCGGCUCAUGCGGGGAAGAGUUUGUGCUCGACGCCAGCGUAACUGAAGGCCUCUGGGUGGGACGGUGGCGAGAGCGGGUGGCGCUGUGGUGUGAUGAUGGCGGCCGACCAAGCCGCGCCUCGCGAUUGCACGCGCGCCUGGCAGUGGACGAGGCCGGAGCGUGGUGCCUACAUGAUAACAAGUCGGCGAAUGGCACGUUUUUGAACGGCGAGCGAGUCGAUCGGGCGCCACUCAAGCCGGGGGACCGCGUGGGGUUUGGCACCAGCACAGAGGGAGCGGGGGCAUCAGAGGGUGACGCAACCCUUCCCCACUUCCACUUCACGGUCGUGGCCACCAAGAGCGAGCGUUCCGCGUGCCAAAACGAGGGUGGGCAGGGUUGUGAGUCGUGCCCGGAGUCGAUCACUGACCUACCACCAGCCACCCCGCUCAGUCCGCUCCCACCCACGCCACUCGAGCCGCCGGCGCAGCAACCAACUCCGGUGCCGGUGCUAGCCAUGCAACCACCAGCUAAUCCAGCUGGGUUGCGGCUGGGGGUGGGGAGGAUGCCACGCGCCGCCUCCGUCAUCAGCGCUGCGGUCGGCGCCGUGUGUGGGCCUGAGGAAUCUCCAACGGACGCCGAGGCCGCCGCUGAGCAGGCGGCAUGCGUGGCAGAGGCGGCGGGGGCGCACGAUGAGAGAAAGGCGCUCCUCUCGCUGCUGUCGCAUGUGCGACGCCACGCUUCUCGGGUGCGGUCCGAGCGAGACACGGCGCUAGUCGAGGGCAAAGCCAUGCUCGAGGCGAUCAUAGACGAGCUUCGCGCUGUCGAGCAGCUCCACCAGCUGGCCGCAGCCCCGGCGGCACCGGCAGGCGACGAUCGCACGCUUUCUAUCUCGGCAUCGGCGUCACCGGCGCCGGUGCCGGUGCUGCCACUGUUAUCACCGAAUCUUGAAAAAGAGGUGCUGCCAGAGAUACGGCUUGUGGCGCAAACAUCAAGGCGCAGCGCCUCCUCAGCAGCGUGGCCGGCGUUUGGAGAGGAGCAGCAGAGAGAGGAGCAGCAGCCCGAGCGGCAGCGGCGUCCAAAGGAGAGCGGCGAGAUGGAGGAAUUGGCGCGUGCACGUGAGGCGCAGGCAGCUGCGAAGCAGCGCGUCUCUGUCCUCGAGGCCGAAGCCUCGCGGCUGCGGGAGGCGCUCGCAGGAGCGGUGCAGCAGGCCGAAAAGGCUAAGAGCGAGGCUGCCGCCGCUGCCUCGGAGGCCGCCGCCGGCGCAGUCGAGGCGGCUCUAGCCGAAGCGGCUAAGGCCAGGGCCGCCGCAGCUGCAAAGCUACGGGAUGCGCAGGCAGACGCCUCAGCUGAGCUCGCCCUUGCGCACGCGGAGAUGCGAGAUCUGCGCGCGGCACUCGAUUCGGUGCUCGGCGAGGUGAGGCUGGCGGACGAGCGAGCGACAACGGCGGAGGCGUCGCGGUCCCAAGCCCUGAUGUUGGCUGCAGAGGCGACGGCUGCGCGUGAAGCGGCGGUUUCGGAGGCUGAGGCGGCCACAACAUUGAUGGUCGAGGCUUGUGAGCGCGCCGAUGCGGCGGGUGCCGUCUGCGAAAAGCUCCCUCGCCUGGGCUCGGCGUAG